GAACUAACACGCUUUUGGAGCAAAGUCUUUUUGACUUCGCCGAGCACACCUUCCUCGUCCUUGCCAAUUCUCUUGCAAAAAGCACAAAAUUAGGGCACAGAAUCCCGAGAACCAAAUCGCUGCGGAGGUCCCUCGCACAAUCUCCCACCCAGGGGACGCUGAUCCCUUCCGCUCCGUCGGUCGAUGCGAUCAUCUCGAUGAAGAGCUCGCGAGGCCUCGAAGUGUUCGAUUUCAAAGAGGAAGACGAGCUCCCCGAGCGGGCCUCUGGCAAGUAUCUAGGGAAAUUCAAAACCCCUAGGAUGGACGAUCACUCGAUUUUGAAGUAUAAGUUCCUUGAAUGUGUUGCCCCUGGAUCAGAUGCUCCUAGAAACAAAAGUGAUAGUGUGCUCUGCGUCGAUGUUGAUUCCCUCAACAAUGAUCAGAGCGGUGAAAAUUCCAAUUCAAACAAUGCUUCAGGCACAGAUGAAGAGGGUGGUGCCACUAAAAAUUCUGAUGAUGGGCCAAAAUCUGCUUUUAGGUUUGAUUCUUUGGGUCAUGGACAGCAUGCUUAUUUCGAGGUAGAGAAGCAGGAAUCUAGGAGUUUAUUUUCAGUAGGGGAAAUGAGAACCUCAAGCCCCGGUGCAUCUUCACCUGGAAAAAGUCAGUCAUAUUGUGACGUAUCAGAGGCUCCAUCCAAUGAUGGGUCGUUUGAGCUGAAUUCUGACGCUGAAAACAUGGAUGAGCAUGCUUCAUCUAGUUUUGCUUCAGAUUGUGAGGUGGAUGUUUCUUUGGAUGGUCACGGCGCGGAUUAUUAUGCCAAUCACAUGGAAGUGGAUGGUGCAAAUCAGGCAGUUGUUAUUCGCCCUGAAUAUCUCAUAUAUCAGGCUAACUAUUACGUCGGACCCCUGCUAACGUUCUCCUCAAAUAGUAUCCGAAUUGAUUGUUCAACUACUUGUGAGAAAGAGAAAGGGUUGUCACUUGUUUUGGAAGUUGAUGAUCUCGUUAAUAUUUCAUGUCAGUGGUUACAGAAGGUUCAAAUAGUUUUUGUUAAGCUCCGUGUGAUCUCCAAGGAUUCAUUCGGUAAAGCUCAUGAUUCUUCGGGCAUUGAGGAGUUGAAGUUUGCAGUUGUUGAACCAAACUGGUCGCUGAAGCAGGAAAUGAUCAUGACCUCAAAUGUGAAAUAUUCAGCUAUCUGGGAUAUUGUCAUUGGUGUGGAUGAGGCACUGGGUCAAGGGGAUUUAAGUGGAGACAGGCACUACUUUCCCAAUUUCGAUGAGCCUUUUGAAGAAUUUAUCUAUCCAAAAGGGGAGGCAGAUGCAGUCUCCAUCAGUAAAAGAGAUGUGGAUCUACUGCAACCGGAAACAUUUAUCAAUGAUACAAUCAUAGACUUUUAUAUCAAGUACUUGAAGAAUCAGAUUCAACCAGAUGAAAAACACAGAUACCAUUUUUUUAAUAGUUUCUUCUUUCGGAAGCUUGCUGAUCUAGAUAAAGAUCCAUCCAGUGCCUCUGAUGGCAGGGCUGCUUUCCUACGCGUUCGUAAAUGGACAAGGAAACUUAACCUUUUCGAAAAGGAUUACAUUUUCAUUCCUGUAAAUUUCAAUCUUCACUGGAGUUUGAUUGUCGUAUGUCACCCUGGUGAGGUGGCCAGUUUUAGAGAGGAGUCAUCAAGACAGUUGCCUAAAGUACCUUGUAUACUGCACAUGGAUUCUAUAAAAGGAAGUCAUACUGGUCUGAAGAAUCUUGUCCAAAGUUAUUUAUGGGAGGAGUGGAAAGAAAGGGGAAACGAAGCAUCAGAAGACAUGUCCUCUAAAUUCACCAAUUUGAGAUUUGUCCCACUUGAGCUGCCACAGCAGGAAAAUUCAUUUGAUUGCGGCCUAUUUUUACUCCAUUACCUGGAGUGUUUCUUGGAAGAAGCACCUCGUACUUUCAAUCCAUUCAAAAUAUCCAAAUUUUCCCGAUUUCUUAGCACAGAUUGGUUUCUACCUGUUGAGGCUUCUCUCAAGCGUACAGUUAUUCAGAAAUUGAUUUAUGAACUCCUUGAUUUUCGGCCCCAUAAUGCUUCUUCAGCAAACUGUACUGAAGAAAAUCAGUCCUCUAGAAUUCUAGAAGUUGGGAAUGAAAACAAAUGUAGAGACUCUACAGAGAAAGAGAGUCCUGUGGCAGCUUGUGAGUCGGUCACCCAAGUUGACAAGGGUAUUGAAAUCAGUUUGUUAUCUGAUCCUUCCAUGAGGAAUUCUCAAUGCCUUAAUGAGUCAGGCCUGGUCCUGAGAGAGCUUUUCGAACCAGGAGCUGCUACUGUUUCAUUUCUUGGAAGGUGUCUUUCUUUUGACCAGCCAGCAUAUUAUCUUAAUGGGUCUCUAUCAGCAGUAGAGCCAGCAGAUGCAGAGAUCAGUAACCAAUUUGCUUAUGCACCUUAUGCACCUUCAGGGGAGUCAGAUUUUGGAGAGAUUAACAGAGUCUCGCAUGAAGCUGCUGGUGUUGCUUCUUCGUCUGAAGGUGUAAGACCUGAGAACUUAUGGAGAACAGGUAUAUUGGCACAAGGAGAGCAUGAAUGUCAUGAUGACUCAGAAAGAUCCAUGUACCCCUUAGAUGAUUCACAGGACAUAGAUAUCACUGAAAGCAAUGGUUACAAUCUGGCGAAAAAGGAUGCAAGUCUGAGUCAAGAACUCAAAGCAGAAGAUCUGCAAUCUCUUCCCAUGGAAAAGUUGGAGAUUUGUGCAGAUGGCCUUGCCUCUUCUAGGGAUAUUCCAGAGAAUGUAAUUGCGGAUUCCGAGGACCUUGACACGAUGAAUGAUGAUGGCAACGAGAAUGUAGCAUUGCAGGACAACUUAAUCAUGUCGUUGCAUCACAAUUCUGGGACAGCCAAUACCAUGUUGCAUGGGGAGAGUGAUGCUGAGCUCGAUCGGUAUCCUCAAGAUACCAAAGUUGCUAAUAUAAUGGAGAACAUGAUAGCUUCUGAUGAUGUGGCAAACACCCGAAGCAGGAAGGUGGAAGAUGUAGAUGGGCAGCGAAACGCUAAGAGGCUGCGGCUCACGCCUCCAACUGAAGAUGGGGAACUCAGUGGAGACAUCUCCGAAGAUCUUCAUUUGUGAAACAAGAGAAUGAAGAAAUUGGGGAAUGGAUAUGUCCCUCGCGUCUAACUCUUCGGAUAUUUUUAUAUUUUAGAAUGUCGCUAGGAAAGUGCUGAUUUGCCAUGCUGUGAAUAGUCCGAUGGCUCAAUAGGUCAAUUGUGCUUUAGUAUAAGAAUGACAAAACCGAGAAUGCCGAUGAUGCAAAUUUUUUCUACUUGCUUUAAAAAGCUGGUUGUGGUUCA